GGUCGCCAUCGUGGAAGGCGUUCGCAUGCUCCAGAUCGAAGCUAAUCAGGUCCUGGGCAAUUUUUCGCCGUUCUUGUUCGUAGGUGGAAAGAAUCUGAUGUUUUGCGAGCCCGCGAAUACAAAGAUUGAGUUUCCAUGCGAGGUUCAAGGAAUCGUGCAUCGAAGUAUUCAUGCCUUGAGCCGCCUUCGGUGAGUGCGUGUGGCUUGCAUCUCCAGCUAUAAGGACUCUCUGACUCUCGUCAGUGAAACGAUUCGCCACGCGCUGGCCAAUCUGAUAUAUUCCAAACCAUUCGACGCUGGUCCAAGAAAGUGCAAAGGGUUGCAGAAUCUGUCGGGCUCGUUGCAUGACAUAGUCCUGCGUGGCCUCGGCCUUGGAGAUGGCAGCACCGUCUUCUGACUUGAGCUCAAUAUAAAGUCUGGUCAUGUUGCGCUCGCGAGGUAUGCACAAGACGCUGCCAUACUUGUGAGAAUAAACCACUGCUUUGCUCCAGAGGUCUGGAAAGUCGGUGUCAAUCUCGCCAUCGAGGACAGCCCAGAUGGCUUCCGAAGAGGCUCCUUCUGCAAUUGCUCCUGGAAUGCUGCGUCGAACUUGCGAGUGCGCUCCAUCGCAGCCGACCAGGUAGUCCGUCUUAAUGCUCUGCUUGUCUCCGGUCUGCUUGUCUCGAUACGUGAUCCUAAGCGAUUGGCCGUCAUGCUCAUAUGACAAGAACUCGGAGUUACGCUGCACCUGCACCCCUCUACUCUGCAGGUCGUCCAAGAACACUUCUUCAACCAUUCCUUGAUGCACCAGUAAGAUAUAUGGGUCCAGCAAAUCUACGACGGGCGGAUAGUGCACUUCUCGACCCGUUCUUCGCAAGGUACUGUCUGAGGACGAGCUCCAAAAACAUAUGUCAUAUAUCCUGACGCCUCUUUCGAGUAAGGGGCCUGCAAGUCGCAUCUGUCGCAGUGUUUCGAUUGUCUUGGGCUGCAAUCCAUCUGCCCGGCCAGUCGACGUCUUGUCCGGUCUGUCGUCCAGAAUGGUCGUCUUGAUCCCGAAUCGAACCAGAUUUGCGGCCAGCAUCAGACCAGCCGGACCGGCUCCCACAACGACUACUUCACUGCAGUCUUCCAGCAGGCCAUUGUCUGCGUUUUCCAUGAGUAUACCAGGCGACAUAUUGUGAGUGAGCUUUGGAGUUUUGCCGUUUCGGUAAUGGCCGAGAGGAAACGGAUCGGGAGACUGUUUUUUGCCGGCCAUUCUGGAGGUUUGCCAUUAUUGUUUAAACGUGGACGUGUGUAAUCGAUUCGCCACUCUCCUUCUCCUCCUCCUCCAUCUUGCAACUCGCGUGACUUUCGCGAAGGUGGUGGUGUAUGCUAUAGCACUAGCAUUAGCUCGCAUGCCAAUGCCGCCAAUCCCUGCGAUACGAUAGCUUGAGCUCGAUAGGCCAACUCCAAGCACCGCAACUCGAACUGCAGCAGAACUUGCAGAAGAAGUGAGGGCCAAACUCAAGUUCCACUUUCGCUGUUUGUGCCGUACACUAGUUCUACGGCAUCUGCAGCAUGCUAAUCAUUAGCCUGCUACGUGAAUCCAUGUAGAAGGAUUACACAGGGCACAGGCUGCUGAUUGCACAACGGAUACGGUGUGAAAGGAUGACCACAGGAAGCUUGUCAAUCACAAUGUCAAGCAGCUUGGUCAUGGAUCGAACUCACUAGCAGCACAAGCAAGCCCUUCUACAGCCGCGAAGACAACAUGGGCCUCUUAUCGGUGGCCAGUGUUCUAGAUCGGGCGGGCAGCUUCACCAACGCUCCCAUCUUCCUCUCGUUCCUCUCGUUCGACAAACGCCUUCUCUGUCAUUCGACAACUGACGUCCUACAAGUCUAGACACGCAUCAUUUGGGGAUAGAAGUCCUUGGGAGUUCAGAAUGGGCAAAAAGCGAGUUCUGGUCAGCUACGGAGUGGACAUCGAUGCGGUAGCCGGCUGGCUGGGGUCAUAUGGCGGCGAAGACAGUACCUCUGACAUCUCGAGAGGACUGUGGGCAGGCACCAUCGGGACGCAAAGGCUGUUGAAACUGUUCGAAAAGUACAACAUCAAAGCUACUUGGUUCAUUCCCGGACACAGUCUGGAGACAUUUCCAGAGGACUGCGCAGCGGUGAGGGAUGCCGGCCAUGAGAUUGGCCUUCAUGGCUAUAGCCACGAGAAUCCUGCGGACAUGACCUUCGAACAACAGCGAGACGUGCUGGAUCAUACGUAUAAGCUGCUGACGAACUUCUGUGGUAAGCCACCUCGAGGGAGUGUUGCUCCUUGGUGGGAAACGAGCAAAGAGGGUACCGAGCUCAUGCUGUCGUAUGGCAUCGAGUAUGAUCAUUCGAUGUCUCAUGAGGAUUGUCAGAUGUACUGGCUACGCACGGGUGAUCAAUGGACAAAGAUCGACUACACCAAACAGGCGAAGGAGUGGAUGAAACCACUUGUGAAGGGAGAGUCUACUGGUCUCGUCGAGAUACCCGGAUCCUGGUAUAUAGACGACUUGCCUCCCAUGAUGUUCAUCAAGAAGUCUGCAAACAGUCAUGGCUGGGUCAAUCCGAGAGAUGUAGAAGCCAUAUGGAUGGACCACUUCGACUACUAUUACCGAGAGUACGACGAGUUUGUGUUUCCCAUGACGAUCCAUCCAGAUGUUUCCGGCAGACCUCACGUUCUGCUGAUGCACGAGAGAAUCAUUGAGCAUAUCAACAAGCACGAGGGCGUAGAAUGGGUCACCAUGGAACAAAUGUGUGAUGAUUUCAAGAGCAAGAAUAGUCCUCCGGCGGGUGCCAUGAUGCCAGCUUCGAAGGAAGAGGUAUUGAAGAAGCUGCAGUCGCAGUAGUGACAAAGUCUUGAGAUGCUUCUGGUGGUGUCAAUCGGAGCUGUCACGA